AUGCAGGCGUCGGGUGGUGGCGCAGGUGGUGCAGAGGGCCGAGAUGACCAGCAUAGCUCCAGAACACCUGCUUCCCAGAGUGGUUCAGGCAGGGCUGAAGGUGAGGAUGGUCACCGGGCCCCAGAAGGCCGGGGUGGGCCUGGCAGAGGAAGAGAGGCGAUGGAAGCUGCUGUAGCUCGUCCCCGGGGUGAGCGGGCACCAGGUGGCCUAGGACCUGCUGGAGAUGUAGCGCCCUUGGCUGUAAGGCCUAGACGUGGACAAGUGGUGCUCACACUCAGAGUGCCUUUCCAGUCGCCCCUGGCGGCAGACAUGGCUCGCAGAUCUCUGCUCCCCGAUGCCCAAGGCCACCAGGGAUCGAUUCGGAAGGAAUUUGCAGUGAAUGGCAGUGACCUGCUUGUUAGAUGGACUGCUGAAGACCUUGCUUCCAUCCAACUUUCCAUGAACGCAUUCGUCAAUCAGCUUUCCCUGGUGAUUCGGAACAUUCGGAGACUUGGGCUCCCACCCUCGCCAAAGCCUAAGCUGA